UCUCCGCACUUUGAAUGAAAAAGUAAGAGUCUCAGUGUACCCUGAUUGAUUCACCUCUGCUGCAUCUAUCUCGCAUGCAAGCCUCUACACAAUCCGAGAGAGACACAGAGAGACGCGGGGAGAGAGGGAGAGAGAAGGAGAGAGAGACACAGGGAAGGAGGGAGGGAGAGAGAGAUGUCUUCGAUAUUAUAUUCAUGUUUACGAAGGCACCAGCAAGGUUCCGCUUGUUUUCAAUUGCUAUCUCACUUACAAUCACUAAACAUUGCUCAGCUCCAUUUCGAUGCUCAUAAUAACAACAAUUCAAACCCUAGUUGUAGCCCUCACAUAGAAUUACAACGAUUACUCGUCGAGAAAUCGAAAUCAGGUUUCGAUAAUCUGGCGGAUGCUCUCGCGGUGUUUGAUAAAAUGCUUAAAUCGCAGCCUCUCCCUCACGAUUUCCACUUUAAUCAGCUGCUCACGGCGCUCGUUAGAAUGAAACAUUACAAUGUAGUUGUGUCUCUGUUUAGGGAUAUGUGUAGUCUAUGUGUUCCGAUUGAUGUUAUUAGCUUUAAUAUUGUGAUCAAUUGUUGUUGUCACUCGAAUCGGAUAGACUUUGCGUUUGCUUUGCUUGCGGGAAUAUUUAAGCGCGGUUUUGUGCCUGAUGUGUUUACGUAUACUACUUUAAUUAGGGGGCUUUGUUGCCAGCAUAAGUCUGCAGAGGCUAGGGUUAUGUUCACGAACCUUGUCAAAUUCAAAGAAUUUGAGCCUAAUGUAGUGAGUUAUAGUACUAUGAUUAAUGGACUUUGCAAGACAGGUCAUACUGAUAUGGCCGUCUGGUUGUUCAGAUUUAUGGAGAAAUCGGAGUGUAAACCUAAUACAGUGACUUAUUCUACAAUUAUUGAUUCUUUGUGCAAGCUUGGUCUUGUUGAAGAUGCUUUGAAGCUGCAUUCGGAAAUGAUAGAGAAAGGCGUUUUACCGAAUGGUUGGACUUACGCCUCAAUCAUCCAGGUACUCUGCAAAUUAAAGAGAUGGGAAGAGGUUGAUCGGUUGCUUAAACAGAUGAUCAAUGACAUGAAAGUUUCUCCAGAUGUUCAUAUUUUUACUAUAUUGGUUGAUGCUUAUUCCAGGUCGGGGAAGUUGGACGAUGCCAAGCGGAUAAUAGAGAUAAUGAAUGAAAGGGGUGAAUGUCCUGAUACAGUUACCUACAGUGCUCUCAUUCAGGCAUAUUGUUCACAAGGACAAACGGAUGGGGCAUUGGCUGUCCUGAAUACCAUUAAAAGUAAGAAGAUGAAGCCCAACUGUUAUACAUAUAACAUUCUGUUGGAUGCAUAUUGCAGGGAGCUGAAACUGGACAUAGCUAUGGAUCUUUACCGAAACAUGGCAUGUGAAGGUCUGCUGCCCACAGUUGAAACUCACAACAUUUUGUUACACGGACUAUGUCAGCUGGGUAUAUCUAAGGAAGCACUGACCUUUUUCUACAAAAUUCAAGACCAAGGCCAUAAGCUGGAUAUUGUGAUAUACCGGACCUUGUUAGAUGGUCUUUGCAAGAACCAGUACGUUGAUAAGGCAUUGUCUUUAUUUCACUUGAUGAGAUGCAAUGGUUUAAUUCCUGACAAGGACACUCAUAAUAUAAUCAUUCGUGGAUGUCUUCGGAAUAAGAAGUAUAAUGAAGCAUGUAAACUGAUGGACAAAAUGGUGGAUUGCGGCUUCUUAGCAGAUGCAUUUACAACAUCUUUACUACAGCACCUAGUCUUAUCAGAAGUACAGGAUCCAACUCUCCUUGCAAUGCAUCAGAAGUGCUUGCAGUCAGUCAAUCAUGAGGAAGAUCGUCGUGUACACAUAUCUAAAGUUAUCCAUAGUGGUUGUCAAGGUUUCACAGCCCUGCAUGAAAUUUUGAAGCCAGAAGCAGAUCACCACUGUGAAGUUUGAGAUGCCUGCAAUGCUCCAAGUGACUCUUUCUGAUAUUGGUAACAACAUUAAUGCUGGUGACACUGAUGAAGAAGGUCGUUUGUAAAAGAACCUUCAUGAAGAUUACUUUGAAAUGCCAUCAGAGCCGUCACACAAUACAAGUGUACUAAAUAUGUCUUCUAUUUUUGGAUUACUGAUACAAGCAUGAUAUAGUGAUGUGUUUAUCCCCUGUCCGAGGUAAUCAUGAGAAAAAACACUUCUCUAAAGCUGUCCAGCUCAGAAUUGGUUGAGUCAGUUUCUCUUGCUGAUCUUGUAUUUUGCUGAAAUAUCUUUGACAUCCUGAGCCCCACUUCUAAUGCAGAGUAAGAUCAUACCAGAUUCGUUACUAGAAUAAUGAUAGAUAAUGAAGCAUUCCUCUCUUGAACCCAGUCAAAGAACUCAGGUUUUAAAAGAAAACAUUGCAAUGUGGCGUAGAUAUACUAGAUCCUUUAUGCAGCAUCUCGCAAAAAGAUUUUGGUUUUUUGUCUAUGCAAGUACGAGACAUUUUCAUCAGUUAUUUUUUCAGGUUUGCAUCCCUGCGUAUAAUUUUCAUGCCAAAAGAGGAUCACCUCUAUAAAAGUGGAGGGAGCAAUGCCAAAUAUGCACAAAUUGACCCUUGCUGAUAUUGAUAGUGAUGGUAAUGCUGAAGAGUCGAUGGCACUUAUUAAGAAAGAGGUACUUAAGAUCCAACUAUCCAAGACAUGCAGAAAAUCAACUCCGAGUGUACAUACCAUGUAUUUAAUAUGUUUUUUCAUACAUAAUUAAACACAUGCAGACACCCACGUUUUUUUUGACAAGGUCCGAACUCUUGAAGCAGAUAAUAUGCGUUUUGUAUAUACAGAUUUGUAUCUUUA